GGGUUUCAAGAGAAGAACAAUGAAACUCCUCCUUAUGAUCUUUAUCACUCAUGCCAUUUUUAUCCCAUGCUUUUCCUUUGAUGUACCGGGAAAUGAUCUUCCUUUAACCCUAGAUUAUUACAAGUCUACUUGCCCAAACGUAUUUGACGUAAUCAAGAAAGAAAUGGAAUGCAUAGUGAAGGAAGAUCCUAGAAAUGCCGCCAUAAUUAUUCGUUUACACUUCCAUGAUUGCUUUGUCCAAGGAUGUGAUGGAUCAGUGUUACUAGACGAAACAGAGACACUACAAGGAGAGAAGAAAGCUUCUCCCAACAUAAACUCAUUGAAAGGAUACAAAAUUGUAGACAGAAUCAAGAACAUAAUCGAAUCCGAAUGUCCUGGAGUUGUUUCCUGCGCUGAUCUUCUCACAAUUUCUGCCAGAGAUGCUACAAUCAUGGUUGGUGGGCCCUAUUGGGACGUUCCAGUGGGAAGAAAAGAUUCAAAGACAGCGAGCUACGAGCUUGCCACAACGAACCUUCCAACUCCUGAAGAGGGUUUAGUCAGCAUCAUCUCUAAAUUCUACUAUCAGGGUCUCUCUGUUGAAGACAUGGUCGCUCUUGUUGGAGCUCACACGAUAGGGAAGGCACAAUGCCGAAACUUCCGUUCACGGAUCUACGGUGAUUUUCGGGUGACGUCAGCUCUUAAUCCUGUGUCGGAGACAUACCUGGCGAGCCUCCGAGAGUUGUGUCCGGAGAGAAGCGGAGAAGGUGACAGCAACGUGACGGCUAUGGACAAUGUGACGCCGAAUCUAUUCGACAACUCUAUCUACCACACGCUGCUGAAAGGAGAAGGGUUGCUGAACUCGGACCAGGAGAUGUACACGAGCAUGUUCGGUAUACAGACAAGGAAGAUAGUGAGCAAGUACGCGGAGGAUCCGGUUGCUUUCUUCGAGCAAUUUGCUAAGUCGAUGGUGAAGAUGGGGAAUAUUUUGAACUCUAAGAGUUUGGUCGAUGGAGAAGUUCGAAGAAACUGCAGAUUCGUUAAUACAUGAAAACAUCCACUAAGCAAAAGUAUUUUCCUAUUAAGUUAUUUAUUUUGACAUCGAUCUUUUUUUUUUCUCCUUGUCUAUACAUUUAUGUGUUUGGAAGCUUGGAAAUGAAUUUAUGGUGAUUGAAGCAACCAAAUGAAUUACAAACCUAUAUCCGUUUCUUU